AUGCAUAUCGCUUACUCAUCAACUACCAGCGAAUCUCUUCAUCAGUUGGGGCCAGCAUAUCCCUGCAAAACCCUCCCUGUAAUUCACAAAAGUACAACUCUUAGGGAGACAGAAAACAAAUGGCAGAGAUGAAGGACGUUACCGGCUUCCGCUAUUCUUCACUCCCAUCUUCUUCAUCGCCUCCAGCUGCAAGAAAUCUCGGAGGAUGGAAAGCCAUAAGAUAUAUUCUUGGGAACGAGUCAUUUGAAAAGCUGGCUUCUAUGAGCUUGAUUAUCAAUAUGACUGUUUAUCUGCAAAACAAAUACCACAUGGGAGGUGCAUCUAAUGUCUAUGUCACCAAUAUAUGGUCUGGUUCCUCCAACGCUACAUCUCUAUUAGGUGCAUUUCUUGCUGAUACUUACUUGGGCAGAUUUCGUACCCUUCUCUUUGGGACCAUAUUUUCUCUUCUGGGCAUGGUGGCAAUGACACUGACAGCAGCUGUGCCUCAGUUAACACCCCCCAAAUGCGAGGGGGAGUCCCACUGCCUCCAGCCUGAAAAAUGGCAGCUGGGGUUCCUCUUUACGAGUCUUGGGUUUUUGUCAAUAGGAGCUGGGGGCAUUAGACCCUGCAAUAUUGCCUUUGGUGCUGAUCAAUUUGACACCAGAACUGCAAAGGGCAGAGCAAAUCUAGAGAGCUUUUUCAAUUGGUGGUACUUCUUCUUUACAAUUGCCCUGUUGGUAGCUCUUACAGGUGUUAUCUACAUUCAGACUGAUGUCAGUUGGGUAAUAGGCCUUCUCAUCCCAACAGCUUGCUUAUGUCUCUCCUUAUCCAUUUUCUUGAUCGGCCGCCAUACUUAUAUUUGCAAGAAGCCUCAAGGCAGCAUCUUUGCAGAUAUGCUUAAGGUAAUCACAGCUGCCUACAGGAAGCGUCAGCUAAAUAUUGUGCCGGGUUCUCAGCAUUCGUUUUACGAUCCACCAAUGAAUGACUCAGACUUGCACCUAAAACUUUCUCCUACAGAUGGGUUUAAGCUUCUUGACAAGGCAGCUGUAAUCACUGAUCCUAGUGAAUUGGAUGCCCAAGGCAGGCCCAAGAAUACUUGGAGACUUUGCAGCUUGCAUCAGGUGGAGCAACUGAAAUGUUUAGUAGCAAUACUGCCAGUUUGGGUAUCAGGAAUUGCUUGUUUCAUACCUAUGGACCAACAGAAUGCAUUUGGGAUCCUUCAAGCCAUUCAAAUGAACAAAUCUCUUGGAUCACAUCUCACAAUCCCACCAGGAUGGAUGGGCCUUACAUCGAUGAUUGCACUUUCCAUGUGGGUUUUCAUUUAUGAGUUCAUCUUCAUCCGUCUGGCAAAGAAGUUGACAGGAAGGGAUAAACGAUUGACAGUGGCACAAAAAAUUACGAUUGGCAUUGUACUGUCGAUUCUAUGCAUGCUGGUAGCUGCCAUUGUUGAGAAACAACGCCGUGACUCAGCUUUGAAACAUGGUUCUUUUGCCUCCCCCAUAACUGUGGGAUUGCUCCUUCCUCAGUUCAUCCUGUCGGGAUUAGUUGAAGCUUUUGCAGCAGUUUCCAUAAUGGAAUUCUAUACCACACAAAUGCCAGAGAGCAUGAGGACUGUUGCAGGGGCAGUCUUCUUUCUCAGCUUAUCAAUAGCAAGUUAUGUGGGCUCUUUAAUCAUAAAUAUCAUCCACCAUGUCACCGGAAAGAAUGGGAAAUCGCCAUGGUUGGGUGGUCAUGACCUCAACAAGAAUAGGCUUGAUUACUACUAUUACAUCAUUGCAGGCUUGGGAGCAGUAAACUUCGUUUAUUUCAGUUUCUUUGCUAGCCGUUAUGCAGUGGAAUUGGAGAAAUCAAGCAAUUGCCAUUCAAGAAAACUGCAUGGAGAUGAAACUGGGGAUGAAGAAAAAGAGCUGGAGCUUCAUGGCAGACUGAUAGUCACUGCCAUGGAAGAAAAGCAGUCGCAGAAAUCUAACUGAGAUUUCAAGGAUUAUCAGAAAGACAGGAACUUUGGAUUUAUAAUUUGUAUAGUAUUAGCAUUUGCUAAUAUGUAUAACUUUCCGUUCUCUCCAAUAUAUUCAAAGAAUC